UAGCAUUUCGGUCCCCCAAACAAGUUUGAAAGUGAAGGAGGAAAAUAUAUAGCGAUUUGGGAGAAAAAACUGACGUACGGGCGCUAAAUAAAAAAACUGAUUAUUAUGGGAACAUUUAUGUGUGCCAAAACCGCCUAAUCAGACGUUUAUGGUAAAUUCACACAAGAAUGGCCCCUCGACUACAGCUUGAGAGAGCCGCCUGGCGCUGGGUCGAGUCUGUGAGACCGGAGGAUGUCAAUGACGAGCAUAUAGAGACCGCAUAUCGCAUCAGAGUACCGGCGUGCAAGAGAGGAGCGUGCAGAAGGAAUUGUAAAGGAAACCCCAACUGUCUUGUUGGCAUUGGCGAGCAUGUCUGGUUAGGAGAAAUUGAUGAAAAUGCCUUCCACAACAUCGACGACCCAAAUUCUGAAAGGCGAGACAAGAACACGUUUGUGGGGCUGACCAACCUGGGCGCUACGUGCUACGUGAACACAUUCCUGCAGGUGUGGUUUCACAACCUGGAGCUGCGGCAGACCCUGUACCUCUGUCAGAACUCCCGGGCGGAGGAGCACAACCUGGACUCAGACUACGAACCCCAGACCAUAUGCGAACACCUGCAGUACCUGUUUGCUCUGCUGCAGAACAGCAACAGGCGGUACAUUGACCCGUCGGGUCUGGUGAAGGCGUUGGGGUUGGACACAGGACAGCAGCAGGAUGCUCAGGAAUUCUCCAAGCUCUUCCUGUCCCUGCUGGAGGACACGCUUUCCAAACAGAAGAACCCAAACCUGCACAACGUCAUACAGCAGCAGUUCUGUGGGCAGUUUGCCUACGUCACAGUGUGUAACCAGUGUGGCCGGGCCUCCUCGCUUCCAUCCCGCUUCUACGAGAUGGAGCUCAACAUCCAGGGACACAAGCAGCUCACCGACUGCGUCACCGAGUUCCUCAAGGAGGAGAAACUGGAGGGGGACAACCGCUACUUCUGCGAGAGCUGCCAGAGCAAGCAGAACGCCACGCGCAGAAUCACGCUCCAGAGCCUGCCUCGAACCCUCAACCUGCAGCUCAUGCGCUUCGUCUUCGACCGGCAAACUGGCCACAAGAAGAAGUUGAAUACAUUCAUCAGCUUCCCCGAGGUCCUGGACAUGGGCCCCUAUUUGGAACAGAAAGAGGAGAAGUGCGUGUACGAGCUGAACGCCGUGUUGAUCCACCGGGGAGUCAGCGCCUACUCGGGCCACUACAUCGCCCACGUGCGGGACGCCCGCACCAGCGACUGGUACAAGUUCAACGACGAGGAGAUCGAGAAAAUGGAGGGCAAGAAGCUGCAGCUUGGCAUAGAGGAAGACAUCGCCGAGACUGUCAAGUCGCAGACCCGUAAGCCCAAGUGCAGCAAGGGCUACCACUGCUCGCGGAACGCCUACAUGCUGGUGUACAAGCGGCAGAUGGAGGACCUCGGCAACGAGACGGAGGUGAACAUCGAGGUGCCAGCCUUCCUGCAGAGGCUGGUGGAGGGGGACAACAGGAAGUUUGAGGAGUGGUGUGUGGAAAUGGCCGAAAUGCGGAAACAGAGCGUAGACAAGGGCAAAGCCAAGCACGAAGAGGUGAAGGAGCUCUACGAAUUGUUACCCGCGGAAGACGGGCAGCCCUUUGAGUUCGUUCCCCUGGAGUGGCUGAAGAAGUGGCUGGACGACUCCACCGUCACCAAGUCCAUCGACAACGCUAAGUUCCUGUGCUCCCACGGGAAACUGCACCCGGACAAGAUCGCGGACGUCAAGCGCAUCUCCGUGAGGGCCGCCGAGCUCUUCUUCGACCGAUACGGAGGGAGUCCCAGGCUAGACCGUUCCUCCCUCUGCCAGGACUGUGUGGUGCAGCGAUGCCGGGUUCUGCGGCUAAAGAACCAGCUAAACGAAGACUACAAAGAAGUUUCCAACUUCGUCAAAAUGCCACUAAAAAGUAAUGAGGGCUAUUGGAUUGGGAAAGCCUCUUUGAGGAGCUGGAGACAGCUAGCCCUGGAACAGCUGGAGGAAGAGGAGGAAGAGACCAAACACACUAACGGGAAAGCCAACGGCGAUGAGCUGGACAUUUCAGCCGCGAAAGGUGAACCAGAUUCGGACGCCCCUGAGGUGAAAGAGGAGGGAGACGAGGAGGAGAUGAAGACUUUCAAUGAGGACAUUCUCUGCCCUCAUGGGGGCCUGAGCAUCCUGGAGAGCGAGAGGAAGCUGAUCUCGGUGGAGGUGUGGAGCAGGCUGGCAGUGUACUUCCCCAAGGCCCCAGAGUUUAGCCACCACCAGGAGCCCUGCCAGCAGUGCCUGGUGAGAGAGCAGCGCCACCCCCACAGCCAAGCAAGCAGCAGUACCCACAGAACAGUCAGGCCUCACGUAGUCUCCCUCUGUCAACGGCCAGCCCUGAGGCUGGACAGGGAAGGGAAGGAGACCGAGGCUCUGAACAAGAUGAUGGCCAAUGAGCAGAAGACGUCUCUGCUGAACCUUUUCCAGGAGAAAAACAGACCCACACUACAGAAAUGGCCUCAGGUGCUACAGCACAGUCUGGAACCACAGUCAUCACAGAACCAAUAUGACAGCACAGCCUGGAACCACAGUCAUCACAGAACCAAUAUCACAGCACAGCCUGGAACCACAGAGACAGAUGUUCUUUAUAUUGUUUCCCUGUUUUUUGUGGAAGAAUGGAAAAAGUUUAUCAGGCGACCGGCGAAGAGCACCCCCGUGUCCAACGUGGGGAACAGCGUCCUGCUGUGCCCGCACGGGGGCUUCAUGUUCACCUACGACUCCAUGGUCAAAGGGGACGCCCAACAUAUAGCCCUGCUCUGGCCAAGUGAAUGGGAUGUUAUAAGCAGACUGUUCCUGGUGGAUCAGCCCAUUUCCAUCUGCAGAAUUAGUGAGCAAACACCAGAUGGCGCUGUGAAUGUAGAAUACAGAACUCAGCCAGAGCUGUGCCAGGACUGCAGAGAGGGGCUGAUAUUCCAGCAGCAGCGGGACAUGCGGGAGUACGCCCAGGCCACCGUCUACAUACGCAAGGUCGUCGACAACAAGAAGAUUAUUAAGGAGGCCGCGCCCGAGUUCAAUGUGAGCGGCUCGGAGGCCGAGGACGAGAGGGAGGAGAAUAAAGGAGACGGAGAGAACGACCCGGAUUUCAAUCAGUCAGAAGAUGGCGCCAAGCGCCAGAAACUGUGCGAGUCCAGCGGCUGUCCCAGCGCCAGCCCCAGCACCAACGCCAGUGCGGCCGCCGCUGCCGCCAUCGCCGCCCACAAAGCGGGCAUCCGGAGGAGCACGCGGCACCGCAAGCUGCGCGGGGAGAAGGCGCUCAUCGUCUCGGCCAAUCAGACGCUCAAAGAGCUGAAGAUCCAGAUCAUGCACGCCUUUUCCGUGGCCCCGUUCGACCAGAACCUGUCGAUAGACGGCCGCUGUUUGACGGACGACUCCGCCACCCUGGGCAGUCUGGGAGUCAUUCCAGAGAGCGUCAUAUGUUUAAAGGCUGACGAACCCAUAGCAGAUUAUGCAGCGAUGGAUGAUGUAUACCAGGUCUGUAUGCCCGAAGAAGGAUUUAAAGGCACUGGGCUUCUUGGGCACUGAAGAAAAUAUUUCCCUGUGACAGAAGUUGGCAAUAUCAGACCAAAAAGCUUGACAUAGCUGAAGAUGGCAGCUGGUGUAAAGUGCUUUGGUUUAUUUACAUCGUGACUGUAUUUUGCAAUUCCUCUUUAAAUGUUUUGUUCUCCUACAUUUGCUUGCUUUUAAUAUUUAAAGACGUUUAUGCAUUCUAUAAAACGUACCGGACUGCAGAUCACUAUUACUGCUGUAGAAACAGGAACGGGCGGGAGGCGGCCCUUGCGCGUUUCCAGUUGAAGGCGUAAGGGCGGAGUCGUCAGCCGCAGGUUGCCGUGACGCCCGUGAGAGCUGGCUCGUUCGUUUAAAAAUGCUCAUUUGGAUUGUCACAGAGAGGAUUUUCAGUUUGAUCUUAUGAGGAAUACCUUGGUUCUACUGAAGCUCGUCACAUUACUAAUAUAUUGUUAAGAUGUUUAAGAAUGCAUGAGCAAUUUUUAAAUAUUGAAAAUAUAUAACUGUUCUCGGGUAUAAGAUUAAGUACCUCAGCAACAAAAUAAUGUCCCCCCUCUCCCCCCCAUGAUAUUUAGGAACAUCACACGCCAAGGGAAAAAGGACAGAUUCUGUUUUUUUUCUUUCGGUUCUUGCGACAUAGCAUAGAUAUGCGCUGCGGUCUGUCAUAGGGUUCAGCCGUUUAUGUGAAGGCUUCCUUUCUGUACGUUUUUUCAUACUGGCAAUAAAGUUUUUGUUUUCUUCUA